AUGACGACAAGGACGAUCAUUUGCCUGGCGCUUUUGUUACUGCAGCAUGUGCCCACCAGCGGGACGUUUCAAUCCACGCUGAUGCUGGACAUGGCUAAGAUCCUGCUGGAUAACUAUUGCUUCCCAGAGAAUUUAGUUGGGAUGAAAGAGGCCAUCAGGCAAGUCAAUCAGAGUGGCGACAUAUUGCGUGUGAAUGAUCCGCAAAGUCUUGCGGCAAUGUUGACCUCUGGUGUCCAGGGGGCCUUGAGCGACCCCCGACUACUGGUCACGUACGAGCCCGGGACGUCUCUCCCUGAACCGGUCAACCUCCCUCCCCCGAGCCCUGAGAUACUCAUGGCCUUGGUCCAAAAUUCAAUCAAAUUCGAAAUCUUGGAAAAUAGCAUUGGCUACUUGAGAAUUGAUCAUAUUAUCGAGGAGGACAUCGUCAAAGUAGUUGGCCCGAUUCUAGUGAACACGAUUUGGAAAUCCAUGGUUAGCACCAGCGCGAUGAUCCUGGAUCUCCGUUACAGCAGCAGCGGAAAGGUCUCCGGUAUUCCUUUCAUUAUAUCUUACUUCUGCGAUGUAAACCCUGCGAUACAUAUCGACUCUAUCUAUGACCGCCCGUCCAAUACCACAAAGGAUAUAUGGACCCUACCCGUUCUGUUGGGUGAAAGAUACGACAAGCAUAAAGACGUCCUGGUGCUUAUUAGCAAGAACACCAAUGGGGUAGCCGAGGACGUAGCGUACAUCCUGAAGCAGUUAGACCGCGGCCUUUUGGUGGGGGAGCGGACAGCGGGAGGCUCGCUCAACGUUCAAAAGCUGCGCAUUGGUUCGUCUGACUUCUUCAUCACUGUUCCCCUCUCCAGGUCGGUCAGCCCCAUCACCGGCCAGAGCUGGGAAGUGAACGGUGUGUUCCCCUGUGUACCGGUAAAUGCAGACAGAGCCCUUGAGAAAGCCACCUCCAUUCUGGCUGUAAGGAAAGAAAUGCCCAAUGUAAUCCGGAAAGUCACCGAGCUGUUGAGAGCCCACUAUUGCUUUGUAGAUCAGGUACCGUCCCUGGCCCUGCAAAUUGCUAAAGUUGCUCGCUCGGCUGUAACUUCAGAACAAGACCUGGCAGCAAAACUUAACUACGAGCUUCAGACCAUCUCCGAAGAUCCUCGUCUAAUGAUUAGCGUAAAGUCAGAACCUCCGGUCACCACAGAACAGAGCCCAUCCGAGGUCUUACCAACAGAUGCCAAUUACCUCCGGCAAAUUGUAGACGCUGUGUUUCAGGUGCAAAUCUUACCUGGCAAUACGGGGUACUUGAAAUUUGAUGUGUUUCCUACUGAGUCGGCAUUGACGAAACUGAAGCCUUACAUAGUUGAGAAAGUGUGGGGCCCAAUUCAGGACACGGACAAUUUAAUAAUAGAUCUUAGGCACAACGUAGGUGGCACUUCGGCCGCUGUGCCCGUGUUGCUGUCAUACUUCCAAGACCGGCACCCACCCGUUCGUCUGUACACCGUUUUCAACAGGCUGGACAACUCCACCAAAGAAUACUUUACGCUUCCUGAUUUGGGUGGGAACUUCUAUGGAUCAAAAAAGGGCGUCUACGUGCUGACCAGCCACCGCACUGCCACAGCGGCCGAGGAGCUCGCCUACCUGAUGCAGUCUCUAAGCAGGGCCACCGUGAUUGGGGAGAUCACAUCCGGUACUCUUCUUCAUUCCCAAUCUUUUCACAUAGAAAACACCAAUUUGUUUAUUACUGUCCCUUUCAUAAACUUUAUAGAUAAUAAUGGGGAGAGUUGGCUGGGCGGUGGAGUGGUACCCGAUGCCAUAGUGUUGGCAGAAGAGGCGAUAGACAAGGCGAAGGAUGUUCUAAAGUUCCAUGCUAAAGUGUUCAAGCUAGUGGAAGACACUGGGCAUCUCCUGAAUGUCCACUAUGCCAUUCCAGAAGUGGCCGCCAAGGUCAGUUCGCUGCUCAGAUCAAAAUGGUUGGAUGGUUUAUACCGCUCUGUUGUAGACUACGAGUCAUUGGCUGCCCAGUUGACCUCCGACCUGAAGGAGACCUCUGGUGACCACCACUUCCACGUCUUCUAUAGCGAGAGCGCGCCUGAGGUCCUAGACGGCCACAUUGGCAAAAUCCCUUCCCCCGAGGAGCUCGACCACACAAUUCAAGCCCUCUUCAAGGUUGAAGUGUUGCCAAAAAAUAUUGGGUAUCUACGGUUUGAUAUGAUGGCCGACGGAGAAAUCAUCGACGCUAUUGUCCCACAGUUACUCGACCAAGUUUGGAACAAACUGGUCAAUACAGACGUUCUGAUUAUUGACAUGAGAUACAACGUCGGUGGCUAUUCAACUGCAAUUCCGAUUUUAUGUUCUUACUUCUUUGACUCCGAACCUCUCCGUCACCUUUAUACUGUGUUUACCCGCUCCUCCUCGUCCACUUUGGAAGUAUGGACACUACCCGAGGUACUUGGCCAAAGAUACGCCUCCAAUAAGGACAUUUACAUCCUAACGAGUCAUAUCACAGGUUCUGCCGCAGAGGCGUUCACCAGAGUAAUGAAAGACCAGAACAGGGCAACAGUGGUCGGGGAGCCAACCAUUGGAGGCGUCCUGUCCGUAUCUACCUACCAGAUAGGAGACAGCAACCUUUAUGUUUCGAUUCCAAAUCAGGUCGCUGUAAGUGCCGUGACGGGAAAGGCUUGGAGCCUCUCUGGCACUGAACCGCAUAUUUUGGUCCAAGCCAGCGAAGCUAUGGGUGUGGCCCUUGGCAUCAUAGAUCUUCGAGCCAAGGUCCCAGGGAUUGUGCGCACGGCCGGGAAGUUGGUGGCAGAUAAUUAUGCAUUUGCUGAGACCGGUGCCAAGGUAGCGAGGCUGAUCGCCGACUUGAUUCAAGACGGGAAGUAUGAUGUCAUUAAUUCCGAGGUGGAGCUGGCUCAGAAGUUGUCGGAGGACCUGCAGAAACUCUCCGGAGAUAAACAUCUCAGGGUAGCUUAUAUCCCAGACGAUCUGAAGGACCAUAUCCCCAGUGUGGUCCCCAUGCCGAUUCCACCUCCUGAGAUGUUUGAAGACUUGAUUAAAUUUUCCUUCCAGACGAAAGUGUUUGAGAAUGGUGUCGGCUACCUCCGUUUCGACAUGUUCGGCGACAUUGACUUGAUUACCCAAGUGUCCGAUCUAAUGGCAGUUCACGUAUGGAAUAAGAUCGCGCACACGAUUGCACUAAUUGUGGAUCUGAGGAACAACAUUGGAGGACCCACCUCUUCUAUCCCAACCCUGUGCUCCUAUUUCUUUGACGAUGGGAACCCGGUGCUCCUGGAUACUGUUUACAAUAGACCUAUUGACACAACCUACGAAAUAUGGACCGUUCCUUGGUCAGCAGGGGAGCGAUAUGGUUCUAACCGGGAGCUAAUUGUCCUCACAAGCAACGUCACUUCGGGAGCAGCUGAACAAUUCGCCUUCGUGAUGAAAAGAGUGGGAAGAGCUCUCAUCGUCGGCGAGUUGACGAGUGGCGGAUGUCACCCUCCACAAACCUAUCAUGUAGACGACACCGACCUCUACCUGACUAUGCCGACUAUCAGGUCGUCCAGUCUAGGUGGAACCUCCUGGGAAGGAGCCGGAGUCGCACCUCACAUCAAUGUCCCCGCUGCCACAGCGCUGGAGACGGCUAAGGAGAUCCUGAGAAGCCAUUUGCACGGACGUACCUAA